AUGCUAACCUUCCAGUCCACGCUCGAGCGCAAUGCGUUUCCCGUAUGGCGCGACCACUACGUGAGCUACCUCGAGCUCAAGGCGCUUGUGCAAAAGCUCCAGCGGCGCGCGACCUUUCUGCGGCGGCACGCAACAGGCAACGAGGCGGCGCCGUGCCUCCCGCCCGAGGCCAGCGACUUUGAAGCUGCGUUCGUCGCCAACUGCGUCCGUGUUGAAGAUUGGUACAGCGCGCGCCUCGACGAGUUCUCGGCUCAGUUUGCACUUGUCGCGCGGCAGUGGGAUGCACUCGCAACAAGCAGCGACGACGCCAAGUCCAAGACGCUCAAAACGUCGUGCAUUGAGCUCCACCGCCUCGUUCACGGCCUUUACAACUACGCCCGUCUCAACUACACGGCGCUGCGCAAAAUCCUCAAAAAAUACCUCAAGAAAUGCCCCAUGGCCAGCGCCAACCACGACAAGCUCCAAACCGAGCUCCAUUGCCAAGCGUUCGCGACCGCCGAGGCAGCGCAACGAUUGGCGGCAGACCUCGAGGCCUUUUACACGGUGUCGUUCCACGACAAUGACCGCGUCCUCGCGCUCUCGGAGCUCGACGGCUGGAAGGACGACGCGCUCGACUGGCGACACGUGUACAUUGGCUUGAAGAUGGGCGUCUGCUUGGUGUUGACGCUCUGGGUCGUUUGGCACUACGUGUUCUCGGCGGUCAGCUCACGCGUCGUUUUGUCGCAGACCAAGGCGUACCCUGUCUACCGCGGCGUCGCACUCCUUCUCUUCUUCCACUGGCUCUGGGGCCUCACGCAGUUCGUCUUGCGCUCGGCCCGCAUCGACUAUCUGUACGUUCUCCGUUGCUUCAUCACGCCGACAAUGUUUACCGAGAGCGACGACGUCCCGAGCGAGUGCUCGCGCAAUGCGUACUACACCCGCGUCGCCGUCCCGCUCAUCUGCGCCGUGCCAGUGUGGUGGCGCUUUCUCCAGAGUUUGCGGCGGUGCUACGAGCUCGGGUCGUGGUUUCCGGGCCUCCCGAACGCGCUCAAGUACGCACUGGCGCAGCUCGUGAUCUUGUUCGGGCUCUUCCACUCGUACUACUCCCCCCUCGCGCCGAGCAACUCACUGCAGGUGGUCUGGGUCUGCCUUUUCGUGUGCAGUUCGCUCUAUUCGUGGGUCUGGGACGUGGUCAUGGACUGGGGCGUUGGCCGGCGUCCACGGCACGAGUUUCUAGCCACGACCCGCAUCAAGUCGCGUCGUCACGUCUACUAUGCGGUCGCUAUCGGAAUUGACCUCGUUCUCAGCUUUUCGUGGACACUGGCGCUGAUCCCGCCCGACGCCGGGUCGCCUCUGGGCACUCUGCUGCUCUCGAUGCAGCCCAUGAUGAUGUUUAUGGAGCCCAUGCGUCGCGCCAUGUGGAGCUGCCUCGCGAUCAAGAACGAGCACCUGCGCAACACGCUGGGCUUUCAAUCGACGUACUCGCUCCCGCUGCACUUGGAUCCGCCGUCGUCUCUUGAUGAAGGCAAAGCCUCGGCGACGACAUACGUGUACAAGAUUGCUGCUCUGAGCGCGGGCUUGCUCUGUCUCAGCCAAAAGACGCAACUCCACGAACUCCAGCGCAACGGCGGCCGUUUUCCCAUCAUUGGGGGCGGCGUCCUCGUCUUCUGCUUCUGCAUGCUCGUCUACUCGAUCACGUGCAGCAUCCUCGCCAUGUUCGGGUCGACGUCGUGUCUCAUGAUUGCUGGUGGCGACGGUUGCUAA